CGAGACGUCAGAAGGCGGAAGUGUUUGCUUCCCGGGGAUCCACGUGGGCUGGAGAGGUUGUGUUGAUGCGCGCCUCUAUGGGGAAGGCGCAAAAGAAGCGCAAUUGGCGGGCGCGGCUGCCAGGAUCGCCCAGGAGAGGGGCUGCCGCUCCCCAGGAGCCUGUGCAGCUGGAACUGGGAGAUGAAACCAUCUUGAAAGGAGUGGAUGGGAGCAACGCCCUUGUCCUUCCGUCUCGAAAAACCCAGGAAAAACCAGCAACCUGCCUUAAAAGUCCAGGAAAGAAACCCCUGACAAAGAAGCAGAAGAAGAAUUUGCAAAAGGUUUUGGAACAAAAAGCCAAGAAGGAAAAGCGAGCGGAAUUGCUGAAAAAGCUGAGCGAAGUCCAGGUGCCUGAAGCCGAAAUGAAGCUUCUCUAUACCACGUCCAAGCUUGGAACAGGAAAACGGAUGUUCCAGGCGAAAAGGUCAGUCCAGGAAGCAAGUGUCGGCUGGUCGAAGAAAAUCAAAAGCAUUGGAGGUGCCAAUAGGAAAAGAGGCAGACUUGAGUUGGAGGAGGAAGAGGUAGAAGAAGAGGAGGAGGAGGAGUCUGAGAAGGAAGAACAGGUUGACAAGGCACUCCCAGAAGCUGCCUCUACCACCACCACCAAGACAGAAUCUGGAAAGACCCCCAAAUCUCCACUCCUUUUAGCCAAAGGACUUGAUAAACCUCCUGAGCAAAGAAACACAACUUCUAAACCCACAUCUGAACCUGCAGUGUUUGUUCCAGUGGAUCGACCCCCUGAGAUCCAGGAAGCCAGGUUGAAGCUUCCAAUACUGGGAGAAGAGCAGGUGGUAAUGGAAGCCGUGCGGGAGAAUCCUAUCGUCAUCCUAUGUGGGGAAACAGGUUGUGGGAAAACCACACAAGUGCCUCAAUUCCUCUACGAAGCAGGCUACGCAAGUACCGAUAGCAUCAUUGGGAUUACCGAACCUCGGCGUGUAGCGGCGAUAUCUAUGUCUCAGCGAGUUGCAGCAGAAAUGAAUUUAUCUCAACAUGUGAUUUCCUACCAAAUCCGUUAUGAGGGGAAUGUGACGAAGGAGACGAAAAUGAAGUUCAUGACGGAUGGUGUGCUGUUGAAAGAAAUCCAGAAGGAUUUUUUGUUAUCCAAAUACCACGUCAUAAUUCUGGACGAAGCCCACGAGAGGAGCGUCUAUACCGACAUCUUAAUUGGUCUUUUAUCUCGCAUCGUGCCUCUUCGAGCCAAGAAAGGGCAGCCGCUGAAACUGAUCAUCAUGUCUGCAACGCUACGAGUUGAGGAUUUCACCGCUAACCAGAAACUGUUUCCUGUUACUCCUCCAGUUAUCCAGGUGGAUGCAAGGCAGUUUCCAGUCACUGUUCAUUUCAACAAAAGGACCCCAUUGGAAGAUUACAGCGGGGAAUGUUUCCGGAAAGUCUGCAAAAUUCACCGAAUGCUUCCUCCAGGGGGCAUUUUGGUGUUCUUAACCGGACAGGCCGAAGUCCAUUCUCUGUGUCGGAGGCUGAGGAAGUCCUUCCCUUUUUGCAAAAAUGCAACCCCAGGCUCUGAAGAUGAGGACAAUUCUGUAGAAGCCAUCAGAAGGUUUAAGAAAUCCAGACAGAAAAAGAAGCAUGCUCUUCAAACCCUGCCCAAAAUUGAUCUGGAUAAUUAUUCCAUUGUGCCGAUCGACGAAGGAGACGAAGACCGAGAGGCCGCGGAAGAUGAUGAAGAAGCGAACUCGGCUGGUUCAGAUCUCGACCUUGAUCUGGGCGAAGAUUGUCUGCAAGGAGGUGAAAAACCGGAUUCUUCCCACCCUCUUUACGUUCUUCCUCUCUACUCUUUGCUGGCUCCUGAAAAACAAGCCAAGGUUUUCAGACCAUCUCCACCUGGGACCAGACUGUGCGUUGUGGCCACCAACGUGGCGGAGACGUCUCUGACCAUCCCGGGCAUCAAAUACGUCGUUGAUUGCGGGAAGGUCAAGAAACGGUUCUACGACAAAGUAACCGGCAUCUCAUCCUUCAAGGUUGUGUGGACAUCCCAGGCUUCAGCCAACCAGCGGGCAGGCCGAGCCGGCCGAACGGAGCCAGGCCACUGUUACAGACUGUAUUCUUCGGCUGUGUUCAGUGAUUUUGAGCAGUUCUCGGUUCCCGAGAUCACCAGGCGACCUGUGGACGAUUUAAUUCUGCAAAUGAAAGCGUUGAACAUCGAGAAGGUAAUCAACUUCCCGUUUCCUACCCCUCCAUCCACUGAUGCCCUGAAGGCCGCAGAGGAAUUGCUGAUCGCCCUUGGUGCCUUGAAGGCUCCUACCACCUCUGGAAGGCUGGAAAAGCUGCAGGAAGCCAAGUUCAGCUCUCCCAUCAGCCCUUUGGGUGUCAUCAUGGCCUCCUUCCCAGUAGCCCCACGUUAUGCCAAGAUGCUGGCCUUGAGCCAACAGCACCACUGCCUGCCGUACACCAUCGCCUUAGUCUCGGCCUUGACGGUGAGGGAGCUGUUUGAAGAGUUCAACAGGCCUGCUGUGAAUGAAGAAGAGCAGGAGAGCAUCAAAGGGAAGAGAGCCCGUGUGGCACAGAUGCAAAGAAUUUGGGCUGCCCAAGGACCAUCUCAGAAGCUGGGCGAUCUCAUGGUCAUGCUAGGAGCUGUGGGCGCUUGUGAAUACGCAGGUUGCACGCCUCAUUUCUGUAGCACCAACGGCCUGCGCUACAAGGCUAUGGUGGAAAUCCGGCGGCUGCGUGGGCAGCUCACCACGGCAGUGAAUGCCGUUUGCCCGGGUGCAGACCUCUUUGUGGACCCCCAAAUGAAGCCCCCCACGGAAGAACAGGCCACUUUCUUGAGGCAGAUUGUCCUGGCCGGACUGGGGGAUCACGUCGCCCGAAGGAUCCAGGCAGAGGAACUCCUUGACGAGAAGUGGAAGAACGGCUACAAGACGCCACUGCUGGACGAUCCAGUCUUCAUCCAUCCCAAUUCCGUCCUGUUUAAGCAGCUCCCAGAGUUUGUGGUGUAUCAGGAAAUCAUUGAAACCACCAAGAUGUACAUGAAAGGGGUUUCGGCGAUCGAACCUGAGUGGAUCCCGCUUCUCCUGCCCCCCUACUGCCAUUUUGAAAAACCUCUGGAAGAGCCGCCUCCAUUUUACUGCCCCGAAAGAGGCCAGGUCCGUUGCCACAGGCCCAGCGUCUUCUACCGGGUGGGUUGGCCCCUUCCUGCCGUGGAAGUGGAUUAUCCCGAAGGCCUUGAUCGCUUCAAACAUUUUGCCAGGUUUCUCCUGGAAGGGAAGGUUGUGAAACGGUUGUCGGCUUACAGCCGUUGCCUGCUCUCAAGUCCAGUCACGAUGCUAAAGACCUGGUCCAAACUUCAGCCCAGGACAGAAUCUUUGCUUCAAGCGCUCGUUUCUGAAAAUGCUGAUAAACUGGACACUUUGCAGCUGGCCUGGGAUAAAAAUCCAAAAUAUUUAUUGGCUGAAUAUUGCCAGUGGGUUCCCGAAGUUACCCAUGAGGAAAUUGCUAAAAUGUGGCCUCCAGUGCAUUGAUGCGGUGAAUGUUUGAGCCAGGAACCCUCCAGCUUGCGUUCUUCCUGAAAACACCAUGAAGAAAAGCAAGAUCCGUAAUUGCACAAGGAAACGGAAGAAAGAUUAAAUCUUUCUUCAUUUGUCAUCCAAAGGAACAACACGUGUGUGAUUUGUGACCUGCAAAGAAGUGACACGUGGGACAAUUGUGACGCAAAAAAUAAUAAUCAUGCAGAUGAUUUUGGUUGGGCUGAAUGCAACAGCUGUCCAGCGAAAAAAUUGAUGCACAUCCUUUCAUACAAACGAAAUUCAUUGUUUCUCAACCUUGGGAACUUUAAGACUUCAACUCCCAGAACCCCCCCAGGGUCUGGCUUCUCUUGAGAACAGACUCUCUUUGGUUGCUAGAACUCAUCCAAUAUUUCUCAACCUGAGCACCUUUUAAGAGGUUUGGACUUCAAUUCCCAGAAUUCCCCCAGCUGGCAAAGUUUGAAACACCCUGGAUUGCUGUCGCAAAGAUCUCACAUUCCAUUAAGCAGCAUUUACUUUAAUCAUGGUUUGUUUUUUGGCUAAGCCAUGGAGGUUAUCUUUUCCUCCCCAAACCCAGAAACCUUGCUUAGAUACACAGUACAUCCCAAUAGAUUACAUCACACAAACAUAAAACAUGGGCUGCAAACAUAAAAGAUUUAGCAGAGUACACAGCCUUUAUACAUUUCAACUAGACAACUAACUACAGUUAUGCCAAGUUUUGUAGAAAUAAAUGCCAAGAAAGGAAAUACUCUAAUAUGCCACUGCAUAUUGGAAAAAAAACCACUAUGGUUUUGAGUCUCUUUGCACCUGUUUCUUUGAGUUUAAAAGGCUCCUGAUGUUAAUCGUGACAUUUUCAGUCCGUAUCCACAGGAUGUUGCAGUCAUUUGUAAAUAUAAUAGUUCGAAUGAA